AUGGACACCAUCUUCGUGCUCGGCCAAGAGUCCCGGCAGCGCAUCCUCCAGCGUGCGGCGGCGCGCCUCCCCGGCUGCGCCUACCUCUGCGCCUGGGCGCCCGUGCUCCCGCCCGUCGCCGCCGGCUUGCAGCAGCAGCAGCAGCAGCAGCUUCAGCUUUCUUCUUCGUUGUCUUCUUCGGCCGCCGGUGCUGCGCGUCUGCUCUGCUGCCUCGACGCAUGGCUCCCCGGUUCUGACGACGGCGGCGGCGGCGUGAGCGCGCUGUUCGACGCGUACCGGGGCUCCGUCUGCGCCGCCGUCACCGGGUGCGUGCCCGGGUGGGCGCACGUCGACCGCGCGCCGUACAUGGAGCUGCCGGAGCUCGACCUCGCCGCCUCUUCCUCGCUGCCGGUGCAGCAGCGCUUCUACCAGGAAGCAGGCAUCAAGAUGGCAGCGUUCAUGGGAUGCGAGAGCGGCGAGAUCGAGGUUGGCUUCUCGACGGCGCCGAACGGCGACAGCGGCGGCGGCGCAAGCAGCCUGCAGUCGAGCAUGGAGCAGGUCUUCUCCGAGGACUUCUUCCAGGAGUCGCUGCUCGAGGAGCUGCUGCAGCUGCCACCGACGGGGCCGUCCUCCUCCUCCUCCUCGCUCGUCGGCAGCCCUGCCGACGGCGCCUCCACGUCACUGCUCCGCGCGAUGACGCCCAUGGUGACCUCGUCGUCCGCUACGCCGUCCCCCCGAGAGCCCGCGGUGCAGGCCGUAGCGACGACACCGUCGUCCUCGUCGUCGUCCCGGCUCCACCCUCGCCCUCCGCCGCACCGCGUCCACGUGUCGCCGUUCGCCCGCCACGGCGUCGUCCUCCACUUCCCGAGCGCCGAGGCCGACGACGCCGCCAUGGCGCAGGCGAUGCUCGACGUCAUCUGCUCCCCCACGACGCCCUCGGCGUGGUCGUCGUCCCCCGCGCUGCCCACGUCCGCCAAGCACCGCCCCUGGAUCAGGUCGCCGCGGCGGGCGACGCAGACGACGGCGUUCCGGGCGUACAACGCGGCGCUGGCGCCGCGCCCAGCGGCAUUGCGGCGGCCGCCGGGCGCGCCGGGGCAGGGGCAGCGGAUGAUCAAGAUGGGCAUCUCCAUCCUGAGGAGGAUGCACAUGGUCAGGUGCAGCCAGGAGCGCACCGCCUCGCGGCGAGCCAACGACGACGACGACGAAGCCACGGCCGCGCUGCCGGCGCCGACGAGCAGCCAGCUCCACCAUAUGAUAUCGGAGCGCCGGCGGCGGGAGCGGCUCAACGAGAGCUUCGAGCAAUUAAGAACUUUGCUUCCUCCCGGAUCAAAGAAAGACAAGGCGACAGUUCUUGCCAAGACCCUGGAGUACAUGAACUUGCUCAUAGCUCAAAUCUCCGAGCUUGAAGCCAAGAACCGAGCACUGCAGACCCAGGUCCAGCAACGAGCCAACGGAUCGAGCCCAAUGAUCCGGGCAGUCAACGAGGUUCACCACCACCACCAAUGGCCAACCGCCGCCGGCGGGCCAUCGCCGGAGAGAGUGGAGGUCCAUGUGGUCGGCGGCGGCGGCGCGCCGUCGUCGUCGUCGUCGGAGGUGGUGACCGUGAGGGUGACGGCGAGGGCGGAGGGCGGCGUCGACGUGUCGGAGCUGGUGCUCGCGCUGCUCAAGGAGGCGGGCGGCUUCACGGUGGUGUCCGUCGACGCGAGGCAGCCGGCCGGCGGCGGCGGCAAUGGCGGCGGCGCCGUCGCUCAGGCCACCCUCACGCUACGAGCAACGGCGGCCGAGUUCGACGAGGCAUCGCUCAAGGAAGCAGUGACGAAGGCUGUCGAGAGCUUGGUGGCACCGCCGCCGCCAUUGCCGUAG